AUGCAUUAGACGUUAUUAAUUCAUUAAUCUAUAUUUUCUAUUACUUAUUUGAGCGAAAAAAUAUUAAAUAGCUUAGAUACCAGCUUAGUUCUCUAAUUUUUAAUAUAUUUUAGUGAGACUUGCAUCAUAACAAAAGACAAUAAGAGUUAAACAAAUACUAAAUUCAAGAUUAAAGUCAAAAUAAACAUUAAGAAGAACUAGUUAGACUCGCCUGGAGAUUAGCCACUAGAUAUUGAUAGGAUUACAUAGUAAUAUGAUAAAACUAUUAAUACUGAAAAUAUUACUGACAAUCUUUUUCCUAGUUUGCCCUUUUUGUAGGUUAACUGGAUUAAAAGAGAAAAUAAUUCAAUUAUUAUUGAAUUUACUAUUGCUACUACAAUUUAUUAAGAAAUUUCUUUAUAUUAACCGAAUAUGAUUGAUAUAGCUAUCUAGUGA